CUUCGUGUACCCCGUGGGCGCCAUUCUACGCCCGGCAUUCACCUACUAUACUCGGCCACGAGUCAUCCGAGUCAUUCGAGUCUUUCGAGCCAACUCGAACAAGCGAAUAAACAAAAUCAACUAAAUACUGUACGAAUUUUCGAAAGCCAGUGCGAAAAACACACCGGACACGAUAGCGAUCAGCGUUCUUGCUCUCAUCAACCGAGAAAUCCAAAUUAUUUUUCGAUCCCUUGUGAAAAGUGUCUUCUUACCAAACCCUCUCAAGUGCUCAGUGCUCAUUAUUUUCUCCCGCGAAAAAUAUCCAACGAAAUAUCUCAACGUUUCCACAAAUCGUGAAAUACAUUUUCGACAUUUUGAGACGUCCAUCGGUUCUGCUCCUUUUUUUCACUCGAGAAGAGCAGACCAGCGUUUAUGGAUUUGCCAAGUACCGAUUGGAAAGAUCGACAAAUCGUAAUAAGAUGGACUUUAAAUAAUUGACAGUUAUCGAGAGGGGUUUCUCCAGCGGGCUGUGCUUCACAAGUUUUAUCGUCGUUAAUGUUUGCUUUUCUCCCAACAGACGAUACUCUCGGGUCUCAGGUGCGAUUAUACGAGACUCUCGAUCUUGUUUGUUUUAUAACAUAAUUAUAUAAGCUGUAUUUAUAUAUACGCUGAUAGAUUGGCUUAAAAAGCAUAUAUUUAUUGGUCGAAGCCACAAAAGAGCGAUAGACGGCUGCUCGGUCGUCCCGGCGAAACAAGUGUUAUGUGAUCCUCGACUUGUCCACCAACACGGAUAAUAUUAUGCGGUGUAAAGGCUCGCCAGCUCCGACAUUAAGCCGGUAACGAUAGCGCCUGAUUAGUAAAUGUUUAUCAGCCCCGCAAAAUCAUUUCGCCGGUUUUGAUAUUUCGCGGUAUCGAAAAGUCGGUGCUGAAGAAAACCCGUUGAGGAGAACGAUCAGAAGGAUUGCGAGAAAUUCAUUUAUACGAAUCGUAAAAUGAAGUGUCAAAAAGUGACAAUAAAGAUUAUCAGAUUGAUCGUACUUUUGAUCAGUUUGACGAUAACGAGAACGAGAUCGAGUCUUCUCGGUGUCGAGCUCGACGAAGCGGGCGAAGAAUUUUUAAACGAAUAUCUGUCACUCGACGAGAGUCGGUAUCUCGCCGAGCUCCACGAGUUUCAGGAUGCCGCGAUCGAGAUCGAUCUUAUCGACAGCAAAAAACACCGGAGGCCGCAUCAAGAGCCGAGGGUGCUUUAUCAAAUUGGGGAGAGCGAAGAAGAACUGCCGGAAUGCUCGGAUCGUAGCGAGGUCUGUAGCAAGGUUGAUUUGUACGGUGCACCGUGGGUCGAGAGGCAGUGCCGAUGUUCAGGUGGACGUGCCUGUCCGAGCAGCCUUCAUGCCGACGACGGUCACACUAUCGUCGACAAGACGCGACAGUACAAGUUAUGCGAGCCCGUUAAGAGAUUGCCGAUCUGUCGUUAUUUCAAAGACGUUACGUGGACUCUAGCUCCGGGCGGAGGACCGGCGAACGCGACGGUCCAAAGGGUGCACUGUCGUUGCAGACCCGGUAGCGUUCCGUACCUCGUGAGACGACAACCUCACAGGUCACCCGAGGGCAAUCCAGGUUUCAUCUACGCUUUUGCCUGUUCCCCACAAAGCAGGUUAAGAUGUCAGCACAAAGAGCCCUGCAGAUUAUUCACAGUGCGCAAGAGGCGAAGUUCGCAAUUGGAGGAGGUGAACGCAUCGCCGUUGUGUCAAUGUCCAAAAGGUCACAGAUGUCCGAGGCGUCAUACAGAUCCGGGUUCGCUUCCGGCGAGAUCGUACUCGGGUGUGCUCGGGAUAAAGACUUACAGCGGUUACUGCGUGCCGUCGCAUCGCACAGAGCCUGUUUACACUUUGUGAAAUUCGAGGCCUCGGAGCGAGCGAAAAAAUAAACGGAAAAACAAGAAUAAAAAGAAAAACAAAAAGCGCCCACGCACACGAGUCUCCGAAGUAGGGCAUAAAGAAGGAGAGAUGCGCGAAGUGUUCCGACCAGAAGCUCGUCUGUUGAAAAGUUUAACAAUGACGAUAGAACGUUCCGUGGGAUCGGAUGAAGAGCAAUAACGAAAAAUACAGAACAAGUUUCUCGUUGAAAGCUUUCCGCUCUCGCUCGUAUGUUUUUCAGGCCGACGUGUGCACAAAUAUACAUGUUAAUAAUAAAACAAAAAUAUUUAAAAACAAAUAUAAAUACGUUUAUCGAGGUUCAAGACGAAGCGAGUUCGCGAUUGCACGAAAGUAAAUAAAUAAACGAUCGAAUAAACAAGCAAACGAACACUGAAUUAUCCCGCCGAAAGUUACCGAUGUUGUUCAGCGAACCAAAAAAAAACGCCACCAAAGUUGGAAGAUAACGAACGGAAAAGAACUGAGAUCACGAUCUGACUUAUCGACCGUGGAUUAAAUCGACGACUUUCACGUAUUGCCCGCUAAAUCGCGAUCUACGAAAAUUUAGGAUAGAGCUAUGAGGCGGGGGGUGCAGCAAGUCCACGGAGCUUUCUCGCAGAGAAAAUAUCUUUGGAUAUUAAAAAAAAAAAAUAAGAAAAAAAAACGACAACCCCGAAAAAUGUCUUGAAGACUCUGUAUAUCGGGGAAGCGGAGAGUGAAAAAAAAACCAAGGCCUUGUAAAGGUCGCGCG